AUGGAGGGGCCCAAACCCCUGGGACCCUGCGGACACUCUCACACCACCCAGUGUCCCCCAGCCCCAGUUUCGAGCAGCCAUGGAGGAUGCCUGGAUCAGCCCUGUCAGGGAUUUGUAAGGUGGCCCUGUCUGGCCCCCCUUCAGUCCACUCAGUCAUUAGAGUCUUCCAGACCUUUCCCAGCUCCAGGGACAGGGGGUGGAGGAUCCAGAGUGGGACGAGAGGCCCCUGGUAUGUUUCUGUCAAGUGAAGAAGGAGAGAUGCCGCGACAGAGAGCUCGAGAGCCAGCAGGGUCCAGACAAGAAGUGGAGGCUGAAGUAGAGUGGGGCUGGCCCCCGCACUCAAGGCAUGAGCAGGGGCCACCCAGGCAGACAGGACCCCCCACCUCAGGACCCAGACCCUGCCCAUGCCCAACCCUGCCUCCCAGGGGAGGGGCCAUAGCCUCAUCCAGGACAGCUUCCACACAGCUGCAGAGCGGGAUGCUGAGGUCGGCGGAGCAAUCCUGCCUGCAGCUGGAGCAGGAGAACCACAGCCUGAAAAGGCUGAACCAGGACCUCCGGGAGCAGCUGGGAGCCCUCCUGGGGACUGGGCAGCAGCAGUUCCUGCCUCUGUGUACGGAGCACUCAAGCUGCACAGCCCUGGCCUGGAAUGAGCUGCAACAGAUCAGACUGUCCUUUGAGCGGAAGAAGAUGGCCAUUACUGAGGUGUGGGACGGUGUGGCUGAAGUGCACAUGGCUCUGAACAACCAGGCCACCGGACUCCUGAACCUCAAGAAGGACAUCCGGGGUGUGUUAGAUCAGAUGGAAGACAUUCAGCUGGAGAUUCUGGGGGAGAGGGCCCAUUGCCGCACUCAGGCCAGGAAACAGCAGCAGGCGUCAUGCUUGGAGAAAGGCAGGCCACAGCUGGGAUGUUCCGAGGGCCUAAAGGGCCAGCUCUGGCUGCUGGCCUUGAGGCUGCUGCUGGGUGCUCUGCUGGCUUGCACAGCUGCCUACGUGUAUGUGGUGGACCCCGCGCCCUUCGAGGGGCUGGUGCCACCCCUGCUGAGCAGAGCUGCCGUCUGGAAACUCAGGGCCCUCCUGAGCCCCUUCUUGCGCCUUGAAGUGGACGACUUCCUGCCUUUCUAGACCGGAAAUCCGGCAGCUCCAGCAAGAAGGCCAGGUGGCUGGUGCUGCCCCGGGUGUCCGGUGGCCUUAUUGACCCCUGCCUACAGCUCCUCUGCACACAAUCCCUAUCAGGAGCUGCAGAGAAAGAUGGAGGAGGGACUAGUCCUGAGGGCUGGGCCUGCAGCUGGAUAUACAGUCAUGACACACUUUGCAUGUAAGCUUGUUUCCAUGGAAACUGGGGCUUUUGGGGCCAGAGGUUUAGAGACUUUCUGAGUUGGUCU